UUUAUGGUCAGGGCAUGUGUUUUGGGUGGGCAGUCUAUGUUUUCUGUUUCUAUGUUGGUUUUGGUUGCCUGGUAUGGCUCUUAAUUAGAGGCAGGUGUUUUGCGUUCUCCUCUAAUUAAGAGUCAUAUUUAGGUAGGGUGUUCUCACUGUUUGUUUGUGGGUGAUUGUCUUCCGUGUUCGUAUAUGUAUGUACCAUACGGGACUGUUUGGUUGUUCGUUUCGUUUUGAUGUAGUCUGUUCCUGUCCGUGAGUUUUACGUUAGUUAUGUAAGUUCAUGUUCAGGUUUUUUCGUCUACGUCGUUUUCUUGUUUUGUAAUUUUGAAAGUGUUUGUUUUCGUGUUGCCAUCGUGUCAAAUAAAAGAUGGCUUAUUUCCCGAAUGCUGCGUAUUGGUCCACUGAUCUUUCUCUCCUCUCCUCGUCCGAGGAUGAGGAGAACGACAGCCCUUACAAUUUGAUAUAUAAACCCUUCUCAUAAAACGUUAUCAAGGUUUACACAUAAAGGAGUGUAUACGUCGCUUAUGCUGGUAUUGAAUUUAAAGUUUUAUUAAAUCCAAUUAUUUUCAAAUGUAGGCCGAUAGCGUCAGAGAAGAAUUAGAAUAACCCUAUAGGCUAAAACAUUUUAUAAGGAAAAAAAAUAGCCUACCUCACAGGCAUCUAUCUGUUUGUUCUCCUGGAGUAAAUUCAAAUUCAAACAAUCACAGCCUAGGGACUUGCAAAUGAAUAAAGACUACUAGGCAAGUACUACGUAAUGACUAUGUUUUGGGCAUUUUAUUGAAUAGUUUGCUAGUGCAGUUGCCUAGUAGGCUAUGAUUUCCUCGUAGUGGGCUUUUAUUAUAGAGGAAGCCACAGGUCCACUAACUGUCAUGUUACUGCCAUAAAGUGUAGUACACAAAGUUCAUUCACUCUCGGGAGCCUACGAUAACUGAUGAUCACAGCCACACAGCAGAGGAGUUUGGAGAAAAAUGAUCUUACCUUGUCUUUUUGCUUGAAACUAUACUGAUUUGGGCAAAAAAAUAAAUAGAGUAUUUUUAAAUUGCUUUUUUAAUACGGUCGGUGCGUAAACGGAUAUGUAUUUGUCACUACAGUUCGGCAUAUGACAGCCGCAUUAUGCUCGACUCGUCUCUCAACUUUAGGCUGCGGAAGAGAGGCUGCGCCGUGGUUGUAGUUUUAGGUGUUAUUAAUCUCUUAGUGGCUUUAUUUUAUUUAAUGGAUUACUCGAAUGGGUCGUCAGCAAACAAACUAAUAAAGACACAGACGCGAAUUGAAACAGCUUUUAUUACCGUGACACUUCCACCGCAAGAUAAUGGACAACACGACCAUAAUAACAGAGUUGUAAUAUUGCGAACUCCGAAGUUUCAGGAUAUACCCAAUACAACUACUACAACCACAACAACUACUAACACUACUACUACAACAACUUUGUGGAAUAAGUUUGAAAAAUGUCCUGAUCCGUCUCCACAUCUGGUUGGGCCUCUCAGGGUGGAGUUCUCUACACCUGUCAGCUUGGACACAGUGAGGAAGGAGAACUCAGGUCUGCAGGAAGGAGGUCGCUACAAACCACAUGACUGCGUCGCCCUCCAAAAGGUUGCUCUAAUCAUCCCCUUCCGCCAUCGUGACGAGCACCUCAAGUUCUGGCUCCACUACCUCCAUCCCAUCCUUCAGCGCCAACAGCUGGACUAUGGUGUCUACGUCAUCAAUCAGGAUGGAGACAACACAUUCAACAGGGCCAAGCUGAUGAACAUUGGCUAUGCUGAGGCCCUGAAAGAGUAUGACUACGACUGCUUUGUGUUCAGUGACGUGGACAUCAUCCCCAUGGAUGACCGCAACCCCUACAAAUGCUUCAGCCAGCCCAGACACCUGUCUGUCUCCAUGGACAAGUUUGGCUUCAAGUUGCCCUAUAACCAGUACUUUGGCGGUGUCUCAGCGUUAAGUAAGGAGCAGUUCCUGAAAAUCAACGGCUUUCCCAACAACUACUGGGGCUGGGGUGGUGAAGAUGACGACAUUUUCAACAGGUUGAGCUCCAGAGGAAUGUCCAUCUCUCGUCCAGAUGGCGAGGUCGGAAAAUGCCGGAUGAUCCGCCACGAGAGAGACAAACUGAACGACCCAAAUCCUCAGAGGUUUGACAGAAUACAACGCACGAGACUGACGAUAAAUACCGAUGGGAUCAGCUCUCUCAAGUACGAAGUCAUCAAAGUGGAAAAGGAUGCUCUGUUCACGAAUAUCACAGUAGAUGUGGGGAAACCUUAGUGAAAGUGGAUAAAUGUUAGGAGUUAUUUUGCACAUCACUUAUCACAAGGUGGUGGGCAGAGAAAGCACAGCGGACCCAUGGAAUGCAGUACUGAGAAUGCUCUGAAUUCUCCGGGAACACGUGUAUUUAUUGUGGAAACAAAUGGAGAGCACUUGGAUAAAUAGGAUGGCACAGCAAGACCUCAUAAAUAUCAGAGUGGAUCAAAAUGUUUGAUCAACAUGUUUGACUUUUAAUGGCAGUACAAAAGGGAAGGUGCGUGGGACAAAGAAGUUACUUUAUAUAUCAUUUGUAAUGAGUUGUCUUUGUGUAAUUCUGUAAGGGGGAACUACUUGGUUUAAAUGUGUAUAUAAGUUGUAUAAAUAUGCAUAUAGUUAAUACAUAUUUUAUAUAUUGUUUCUUCUUUCAUUUUCGGCUAAGAUAUUUGAGAUGAUUACGGUUUAAUAUAUUUUUUGCGGAAAUGUUUCCCAUAUUUGAAACUGUGUGAAAGGUCUUAAUCACAAUCUAAAAGCAACGAUCGGUUUGGUUACUUAUAUAUGUUUCUAAAAACAUCAGUCGAUACCCACUUGUUUGCUGUGAUUCUGUACAUUCACUACCUGUGACGUGAUCACUUCCAUGCUUCUUUACAUUCAAACCCUAUUCAGUACCUGUAUGAAUGAUCACUUCCAUGCUUCUUUACAUUCAAAACCUAUUCAGUACCUGUAUGAAGGAUAACUUCCAUGCUUCUUUACAUUCAAAACCUAUUCAGUACCUGUUACAUGAAUGAUCAAUUCCUUGUUUCUGCAGCGCACAAAUCAGUCGGGAACAAACAUACGACUGACCAUCACAAUAUGUCUGUAUGGUCAGUCUCAGUCCCCGCCCAUUUGGCUUAUCUUUAAUGUGUAGAAAUACUGGUUUGGUGAGCAGAACACUGUGGACCCAACCUGUCACUUUAUUUCAUGUGACUGGAAGCAAAAGCCUACUGCCUGGUUUUCAGUCAUAGGAAUAGAACAGGGAGAAGUUAUUGAAUAAAUCAAAUGUUUUACAUUUGAAAUAUUCAAAAUCUAUUUUUAUUGAAUACAUUUUACUUUAUUUGUCCUGUUGGGCUAUUGAAUAUAUUCAUUUAUAAUAGUUAAAAUUAUUGGAAUACAUGUUUAAUUGAAUUUAUUUAAUUUCAACUCUCCAAUUGGGGACUCCAAAAAGUGACUACAGACCUCGCUCUGUUUUUGAUUUCCGUCCUGUUACAAGGAAAUCAGUAACGGAUUAAUUUGUGGUUAGUCAAAUAAUUUGAAGAAAUACUAGUGAAUCAGUCUUGGGAAAUCCCAGACCUAGGGCAACAUUGUUCACAUUGUGGGAGGCAACUCGUGUGCCAAGGGAGACUAGAGUAUUAUUAAUUUAGAAGUUAAUCAUUUCCUUUUCCCCCGUCACCUCACAAAUUGGAACUUGACCAUAUAACUGGGCAAUAGUUCAGGUGUGAUAAAAGUAGGUCUUGUAAGACUUGUUAAGUUGAUUGUGUUGUCAAGAAAGCAGAGCAGUGCGUUAUCACAGAUAGACCUCUCACCGAGGUAAAGACAGUUUCAGGUUGGAUAUUCCACGAAUAUUCGCCUGUACUUUUCCUUACGUCCACCAACAGCAGUUAGGGACCGUCAACAUAGUGACAAAUCAAAUUUUUCACAUUUCGGGUUGUAGCUAACCCGAUGGCAUAGACACAUUGCACACACAUUUUUUUUUUUGAUUUACAUCUCGCACUAUUUUCAAUUAUUUAUUUACAUUUUUGAAUUUCAAUAGCUCAUUGGUCAUAUGACCUACUGACUUCAACAAGGUUCAGAAUGUCCACUGACUACCCUUCUAUAUUGCACAACCUUUCGUUUGUCCAUUUUCAUCUCACAUGUUUUUACAUACAUUUUUCAAAAUGUUCAUCUCUCACGUUUUUACAUGAAAUUUUCCAAAUUUAACGUUUCAAUAGUUCCUUGGUCAUGUGACCUGACUUCAAACAAGGUGCAUCUAUAAUAAUUGGUAAUUCUAAGGACUUAUUUUCCCAGUUUUUAUUUUAUUUUUCCACAGUUUUUAACAGCGGUACACAAUAGGAGAGAGACAGAUAAUAUCUCCUUUCAUCAACCAUAAAGGAAAAGGGCAAAGUACGAGAGUCAAGUGUUGUAUCCCAGGAGGUUUACCCCGGGGGAUGGUAAUAGAGGCGAGGUAGGCGACGUUGGCUCCCUCUGCUGGGAAUACGGGAGCUGGGCACCCCGACACGGACAGCUCUAAGUAGAGGUAAUUAGAGGAAAGUGCCAACCAGCCGUGGAGGCCAAAUAAAAGGAGCACGGUGGCACACCGCGAGAGGGAAAGUUGUUUUUGCGCACUAAAACCUCCCUGUCUCUGUGUCAAUCUCUGCACGCUCAACCCAACACCCCACGGUUUACCACACAUGUUAUGAAUUGUCCAAAGCAGGGAUGGCGAGUGAGCUAGUAAGGUAGGCUGCAGUGGGUUUGCUGGUCAAUACAUAUACUGAACAUGUCACCAAUGUAAGAAAUUGUAAUAGAGACUGGAAACUAGUAAUAACAACAUUUCAACAUAAGUCAUCUUUUAUACAAAAUACACAUACUCCUCAUUUCUCUUGGACAUAUGCUGGACUUAUUAAGACACCAACUACAGACACACACAAUUCCCCUCCCCCAUGAUAACCAUAGACACACACAACACAAGGUUGGAGCUCAAGACAAAGAACUAUCUCAGGAACGUUGACACCAGGCCUGUUCAGGACUACCCAAGACCCAGAUCAACCAAUCGGAAGGCCAGACUUCCAGAUCAACCUACUUUGCUUGUUGUCUAUAUAAAACUGUACAACUGCUUAAACUACCUCUUUCCGGACGAUUCCAUACGAGUCAGACAGAAAGAGCCUUGCUGCAAGAUUUUACUAAGAUGUCUUUAUAUGUGAUUAAACGGCCUUAUUAUAAAAUUA